GAGAGCAGCGUGUUGCAUGGCGUGUGUGUAUGUGCAUGCAUUCGCGGGGGUCGGAUACUCGGUCCUCAGCAUUUGCCUGUGAUCAGAAGAAAACAGGAUGUGCCCAUAGCUGGAGGAGUGACAAUGCUAGCUGAGUGGGGCUCACCUGCUGGUGAUCUUUGCAGAGGCAUUUGAGGAUUAUUCAGCUCCAGAAGGUCUGUGCGAGGAAUGCUAUAUCUGCCGUGGCUGAAAAUAGGAGGUCCCUACCCCUACCCAUCUUGAUUAUUGCCACCAAAAGGACCACUUUGCCGCCACCGUAGGAAGAAGCAGUCGCUGCCACUGACAAGGUUAUGAGGAUUAUGAUCACAUGUGCAGCUCUGCACAGCUGUCCACUUGGAGAUGAUGGUGACUCCUUAAAGAAUACACGCAAACUCCUGGUUAACGAUCAGCGUUGUGCUCCUUUUAUCCAAAAGAUUUGAUAACUGCUUUUCACCAGCUCUCCGGUUUUGUUCCAUCAUGUUGUCUCUACCAGCCUAAACCAUUUCCUAAAAUGGUCCUUUUGCUGUUCCUUGCAAUCCUACUAUUGAAGGAAGAUGUCUGUGGGAACUUUGGGCUUUUGGUUUCUGCACAGGCCAAUGAAAGAAGGGUGGUUGCACACAUGCCUGGUGAUAUUAUCAUUGGAGCUCUAUUCUCUGUCCACCAUCAACCAACUGUUGACAAGGUUCAUGAGAGGAAAUGUGGAGAGGUAAGAGAGCAGUAUGGCAUUCAGAGAGUGGAGGCAAUGCUGCAUACCCUUGACAGAAUUAAUUUGGACCCCACGCUGUUGCCAAAUAUAACGCUAGGAUGUGAAAUAAGGGACUCCUGCUGGCAUUCUGCUGUGGCUCUGGAGCAGAGCAUUGAGUUUAUAAGGGACUCUCUUAUUUCAUCAGAAGAAGAGGAAGGGAUGGUGAAAUGCGUGGAUGGAUCUUCAUCUUCUUUCCGCUCCAAGAAACCCAUUGUUGGUGUCAUUGGACCUGGCUCUAGCUCAGUUGCUAUCCAGGUCCAGAACUUGUUGCAGCUUUUCAAUAUACCUCAGAUUGCUUAUUCUGCCACAAGCAUGGACCUAAGUGACAAAACUCUGUUUAAGUAUUUUAUGAGAGUUGUGCCAUCUGAUGCGCAGCAAGCACGGGCUAUGGUGGACAUUGUCAAGCGCUAUAACUGGACCUAUGUUUCUGCUGUACAUACUGAAGGAAACUAUGGUGAAAGUGGAAUGGAAGCUUUCAAAGAUAUGGCGGCCAAGGAAGGCAUCUGCAUUGCACAUUCCUACAAGAUCUAUAGCAAUGCUGGUGAACAGAGUUUUGACAAGCUGCUGCGGAAGCUCCGGAGCCACCUGCCCAAGGCAAGAGUGGUUGCCUGCUUCUGUGAAGGCAUGACUGUGAGAGGUCUCUUAAUGGCUAUGAGGCGCCUGGGACUUGCUGGAGAAUUUUUGCUGCUGGGCAGUGAUGGCUGGGCAGACAGGUAUGAUGUGACAGAAGGGUAUCAGCGUGAAGCUGUCGGUGGAAUAACGAUCAAGCUCCAGUCUCCUGAUGUGAAAUGGUUUGAUGAUUACUACCUACAGCUUCGGCCAGAAACCAACCACCGAAAUCCAUGGUUUCAGGAAUUUUGGCAGCACAGGUUCCAGUGCCGGUUGGAAGGCUUUCCUCAAGAGAACCCUAAAUACAACAAGACUUGCACAAGCCAGAUGACUCUGAGGACGCAGCAUGUUCAGGACUCCAAGAUGGGCUUUGUAAUCAACGCAAUAUACUCGAUGGCGUAUGGCCUCCACAACAUGCAGAUGUCACUGUGCCCAGGCUAUGUGGGCCUCUGUGAUGCCAUGAAGCCCAUAGAUGGUCGGAAGCUCCUGGAAUCCCUCAUGAAGACUAACUUUACCGGAGUCUCUGGGGAUAUGAUCUUGUUUGAUGAGAACGGCGACUCACCAGGAAGAUAUGAAAUCAUGAAUUUCAAGAAAAUGGGGAAGGACUACUUUGAUUACAUCAAUGUUGGCAGUUGGGACAAUGGUGAGCUGAAAAUGGACGAUGAUGAAAUAUGGUCAGAGAAAAAUAAUAUCAUCAGAUCUGUGUGCAGUGAACCCUGUGAAAAGGGCCAGAUAAAGGUGAUCCGUAAGGGAGAAGUGAGUUGCUGUUGGACCUGCACUCCUUGUAAAGAGAAUGAAUAUGUAUUUGAUGAAUACACAUGCAAAGCCUGCCAGCUUGGCUCCUGGCCCAACGACGACCUCACAGGUUGUGACCUCAUCCCAGUCCAGUAUCUCAGAUGGGGUGAUCCUGAACCAAUUGCAGCAGUUGUUUUUGCAUGUCUGGGUCUGCUGGCCACCUUGUUUGUUACAGCUAUAUUCAUAAUGUACCGUGAUACUCCAGUGGUCAAAUCAUCCAGCCGAGAACUCUGCUACAUCAUUCUAGCCGGCAUCUGCUUGGGUUACUUGUGCACUUUCUGUCUCAUCGCAAAACCUCAACAGAUUUACUGUUAUCUUCAACGAAUUGGCAUCGGCCUCUCCCCAGCUAUGAGUUAUUCUGCUCUAGUAACUAAAACCAACCGCAUUGCAAGAAUCCUGGCUGGCAGCAAGAAGAAAAUUUGUACAAAGAAACCUAGGUUCAUGAGUGCCUGCGCCCAACUGGUUAUUGCAUUUAUCUUGAUAUGUAUACAAUUAGGCAUAAUCGUUGCCCUCUUUAUAAUGGAGCCACCAGAUAUAAUGCAUGAUUACCCAAGCAUCCGAGAGGUCUACCUGAUUUGUAACACCACUAACUUGGGUGUUGUAACUCCCCUUGGAUAUAAUGGAUUAUUAAUAUUGAGUUGCACCUUUUAUGCAUUUAAGACAAGAAAUGUCCCAGCUAAUUUCAAUGAAGCAAAGUAUAUUGCCUUUACAAUGUAUACCACCUGCAUCAUUUGGCUGGCUUUUGUGCCAAUAUAUUUUGGAAGCAACUACAAGAUAAUCACCAUGUGUUUCUCAGUGAGUCUGAGUGCCACGGUGGCCCUCGGCUGUAUGUUUGUACCCAAGGUCUAUAUCAUCCUUGCUAAGCCUGAAAGGAACGUACGCAGCGCGUUCACCACAUCGACCGUGGUCCGUAUGCAUGUAGGGGAUGGAAAGUCAUCUUCAGCUGCAAGCCGCUCAAGCAGCCUGGUGAACCUGUGGAAAAGAAGGGGAUCAUCUGGUGAAACCCUUAGGUACAAAGGCAGGAGACUGGCCCCGCCCAAGUCGGAAAUAGAGUGUUUCACCCCAAAAGGGAGUAUGGGGAAUGGUGGGAGAGCUACAAUGACCAGUGAAGAAUCUGUUUGCAUUCCAGACUGUAAUCGAUCUGAGUCAAGUAGAGAGGAGAAAAAGGUUCCUGUUAAAGAGGAUGCCCUAACAGUUAAAAAGACUGGAAACUGUGUCAGUCUAAUAGUUCCACAGCAAGACUGUCAGCCGCGAGACCUACUCAAACACUCUAAUGGGAAAUCCGUUUCCUGGGCCCAGAAUGAGAAAAGCAGCAGAGGAGCACACCUUUGGCAGCGGUUGUCAAUCCACAUCAACAAAAAAGAGAACCCCAAUCAAACGGCAGUGAUCAAGCCUUUUUCUAAAAGCACAGAUAGUAGCCGACAUAGUAGCAGCGCUACAUUUCCUGAGGCCAGUGCCAAAACACUUUACGAUGUUUCGGAAGCAGAAGAGCAAUACCCAGCUCAGUACCGACCGCAGACUCCCUCGCCUAUCAGCACGUUGAGCCACAGAACUGCCUCCGUUAGCCGAACAGAAGAUGAUGCCCCUACCUUCCAGUCAGAGCCUCCUCAGAGAAGUAGCUCCUCUCAAGGCUCCCUCAUGGAGCAGAUCAGUAGCGUGGUUACUCGCUUUACAGCCAAUAUCAGCGAGCUGAACUCUAUGAUGCUUUCAACAGCCACUCCAGGGACAAUGGUGGCCACCCCUCUCUGCUCUUCGUACCUGAUUCCACGGGAAAUCCAGCUCCCUACGACGAUGACCACAUUUGCAGAGAUCCAACCGCUUCCUGCCAUUGAAGUCAAUGGCGCUUCGCAGUCAGCUAGGAAACCUUCAAAUGGCAGCAUCAAAGAAGGCACUUCAGAGACCCCAUCAACCAAGCAAGACCUUGAGGAGUUGGUAGCUUUAACUCCUCCUUCUCCUUUUAGAGACUCCAUCGAUUCUGGAAGUGCAUCUCCCAGCUCUCCGGUUUCUGAAUCAGCUCUCUGUAUCCCGUCGUCCCCAAAGUAUGAUACGCUCCUUAUCAGAGAUUAUGCUCAAAGUUCUUCUUCGCUGUGA